AUGGGAUUUUGCGACUAUCGGUAUGCAGGCGAUGGCAAAAGAAAUGAGGCAAGCAAGCCAUAUUGGUUAAAAGGGCUGCACUGCGGCGCCUGCCCGAGCCUUUCACUUCUAGCACGAUACCUCUCGAGGAAUAUUGAGCGCCCCAAUACCUUUGUCCCGCGCGACCUGCUUCUGCUACGCGAGCGCUUUCGGGUAGCUACACCUAUGAUUGCAUUUAUUGCCAUUUACACAGCCAUGUGUGCUUUCAACUUUGGCUUUGAUGUCGGCAAUUUCGGUGGCGUCCAGGCAAUGCAGCCUUUUGCCAGAAAGUUUGGCCAACUGGAUCCUAAAACGGGCCUCUACUUUCUCCCCAGCUACCUGUCGUCCGUUAUGACGGCCACGCCCUUCUUCGGCAAGCUCAUAGGUGCCUUGGCCUGCGGGCCCAUCUGCGAGCGCUGGGGUCGCCGGGCCGCUCUGGCCGUGCUGGCCUGCAUCUCCGUCGUUGGUGUCACACUGCAGACGGGUGCGACGACGACGGCGCAAUUCACCAUCGGGCGCAUCGUCAACUUUGCGAUGACGGGGUUCUGCAUCAUCGUGGUGCCAGUCUAUCAGGCCGAGUGCACGCCGCCGCAGCUGCGCGGGCUCACGACGUCGGUGAUUCAGAUGAUGAUCAUCGUGGGCCAGCUCGUCGCGUCGCUCAUCAAUCUGGGGACCAAAUCGAUCCCCUCGGACGCCUCUUGGCGCAUCCCCGUCGGCCUGCAGCUUGUCAUGCCCGCCGUCCUGCUGGCGCUCUGGCCCCUGGUCCCCGAGUCGCCGCGCUGGCUGCUGGCACGGAACCGAGAAGACGACGCCAAGAGGGCGCUGCGCAGGCUGCAGAGCGGCCGCCUGUCGGAGGGCGAGCUGGAGAGGGCCCUGCAGACGCUGCGCGAGAGCCUAAAGGACACCCAAAAGGGGCCGUGGCGGGAGGUCUUUGAUAGGAACAACCGUCUCCGCACGUGGAUUGCCGUCGUGGCCAUGGUGGGCCAGCAAAUUACGGGCCAGGCAUUCGUGAGCCAGUACGCGGCGGUGUUUUACCAGCGCAAUGGCUUCGCGUCCCAGGCGCUGCUGUUUACCAUGGUGUCCAACGUCACUGGUCUAGCGGGCACCGUGCUCGCGUGGACUGUGGUAGAUGGAUUCGGUCGAAGACCAAUUCUCCUGAUUGGAGGCUUUUUCAUGGGUGCCUUUUUGUACAUUGUCGGCAUUGUAUCUACCAUCCACCACCCCUCUCGCGACGCUAGGAACCUGUUGGUGGCGGCCAUUUCUCUCUUCAACAUGGCGUACAACAUGUCCUGGGCUCCCGUAUCAUACAUUGUGCUCGGCGAAGUGACCAAUACCCGCGUCCGCGAAAAGACGAGCCUGCUCGCCUGCAGCAUCUCCAUCGUCGUCACCUUUCUGACGUCCUUCACCAUGCCGUACCUCCUCAACCCCGGGUACGCGGGCCUCGGCGGCAAGGUCGGCUUCGUGUACGGCUCGCUGUGCUUCGCCAUGAACGUCGCGGCGUACCUCGUGGUGCCCGAGAUGAAGGGCCGCUCGCUCGAGGAGAUUGACGCCCUGUUCGCGGCGGGCGUGCCGCUGCGCCGGUUUCGCGGCGCGGUCCUGCCCGAGGAGGCGGCGGCGGCGGCGGCGGCGACGGCGGCGAGCGUGUCGGUCUGCGAGGACGACGAGGAGAAGCGCAGGUCGGAGAAGGACGUAGUCAUCGUGUAA